GACCUACUGGCCCUUCAGCAGUUAGCUGUGAAGGAGUCAUAUUUAAGUGGAGUCCACUCUGGAAGAUUAUGUGUCAAGAGGGAGCAGCUUCAACCUUGCCACCAAUGGCCUCAGCCCCCCAGCCACCCAGGCAAGAGCCAGACCGGCCCUCCCAGUCUUCCCAGCAGGAUCCAGCCGGGGUCCACUGGGCCCCAGCAGAGAUCCGGCACCUCCUGGCCAUCAUAGAGGAGCCAGCCAUUCAGCGACGCCUGAAGACAGUUCAUCGGAACACUUGUGUGUAUGAGGACGUGGCACGGCGCCUCCAAGAACAAGGCUACGUUCGACAUGCCCACCAAUGCCGCACCAAGUUCAAGGCUCUCAAGGUGGCUUAUAAGAAGGCUCAUGCAGCAGUCCUGCACUCUGGCAUGGCCCCUCAAGGAUGCCCCUUCUAUGAAGAAAUGGAUCGGGUGCUACAGACCCAGGCCACCACUGCUAGCCCCAAGCACUGCUUAGAACAGGAGCAAGAGCAGCAGUGUGAUCCAAAUUAUUCCACAUGGAGAGAUGGAGGUGGGGAAAAUAGAGGAGAGGAGGGGGAAACCACAAAGAGGUGUCCACCCCAAUCCCACAAGCAGCAGCAGCAACAGCCAGGGGCAGAGCAUCUGUUUAAGGUGAAGGGGGUAGAGCUGCCCAGCGAUUUAAAUCCAGAUGGCCAAGCUAGAGCAGAGGGAGGAAAGGACCCUGGAGAGACCAGCCAUCAGACUGGGGAAGCUUCUUUAGGUUUCCAGAAGAAGCCAGACCAAAAUCUAUCCCCAAGAGCUAUACCAGCACCAACAACCCCACCAGCGCCUGUCGUGACAACCACCUCCUCUGGAGGACUAUCUGGCCGGAUUGGCCAGUUUCCACCAAGGGCCCGAAACUUCAGGCGGCACCAAACAGCAGCUGCUGUGGUUGCCACGGAAAUGGCAGAGAAUCGCCACCUGGCCAGUCAGCUGGUACGGGAGUCAGACACUCAACUGCAGCACCACCUGGACCAGCACAAUGCACACAUGGCUGCCCUGGUUCAAGUGGCCCGAGACAGUUAUACCCAGCGCCAAGAGAUAGUGGCUAUCUUGCAAGAUGUUGCAGAUGAUAUCCACGAGGGGGUGGCCCUCUUGAAGUCUUCCAUUGGCCGCCUGGGUCAGGAAUGAGACCUUCAGACCUCAGGCUCUCUCCCUGUUCUCCAGCCUCAGGCACAUCUGGCUGGCAUCUCAAGGAGUUUGAGAGCAGCAAGCUUUUUUUUCCUACAGGGACAGUUUUGUUUUGUUUGUUAACCUUACAAGAGAAAAGAGAAAAAAAAAAACCUUUUUUUUUUUUUUCAGGAGAAUCAAUGGAAAAGCUUUGGAGAACAGCAGAAGAAUAGAGUUAGAGGGCUUGGGGACCAAGACUAAGACUAUGAAAACAAAAGGGUUUGAUGCUAUGAAAUAAAAAGGGAUUGCCAGGGGAAUUUUUUUUCAGUUUCUUUGUGUUCCAGUCUACUUCAGUCCAGGAGCCUAAAGUGGAGCAAGCUACUAUUAGAUGGGAGCUCAGGGUGGCUAGAUGGCACCUAGAGGCAGAAA